AUGGCCCCCAUUGCAGUGGGUGAUGUCAUUCCAGAUGGAACAUUGACAUACUUGGAUGAAGGCAACAAACCUCAAACCAUUUCCGUUCACUCUCUUGUCUCUGCCAAGAAAGUUAUCAUCUUUGCAGUCCCAGGUGCCUUCACUCCUACUUGCAGCUUGAAGCACGUGCCUGGUUUUAUUGAGAGAGCAGAAGAGCUGAAAGAAAAGGGUGUGGAUGAAAUAAGCUGUAUCAGUGUGAAUGACCCAUUUGUGAUGAAUUCAUGGGCCAGAACAUACCCAGAGAACAAGCAUGUGAAGUUCCUUGCUGAUGGUGCAGCCAAGUACACACAUGCCCUUGGUCUUGAGCUUGACCUCACCGAGAAAGGGUUUGGCAUUCGAUCUAAGAGGUUUGCUCUUCUGGUGGAAGACCUCAAGGUGAAGGUUGCAAAUGUUGAAAAGGUAGGAGAAUUCACCGUCUCCAGUGCUGAAGAGAUCAUCAAGGCUCUCUGA